CUGAGAUGCUGCUGUGAUUGUGAUUUUUAGGUGACCUCUUUUCCCUGAAAGGGGCUAUUUGUUUCUCUUCAGGUUUCAUCUUCUGAGGACAAUCGCCUGCAUUUGUCUUUUUUUUUUAAACCUACUUCUUUCUUUGAUUCAGACUCUGCUUGUGGUGCUUUUUUCUGUUACGUCAGUGCCUGAGUGGUGAGUCAGGAGCCUGCAUCUUGUGCAGAAGGAUCCCUGCGUCUCGAGGAAAACCCUUGAUGCACUUCCAUCCUCUUUGCUUUUUUCCUGUCCAAUGUUGAUCCUGAUGCUACUCGCUGAGUUUAAUGCAGGCAGGCAGGAGAGGUGGAAUAUCAACGGAUGAGACCGAAUAAGCUGGGAAGUGAUGGGAGGGAGGAGAGGAAGUGAAGAAGAGGAAACCAGAGAGGGAGGGGAGAUGAUGAUGAAACAGUCUGGCUCCAGAGACCUCUCUCGACUUUGCUCACGUGUGCACACAUUCACAAACGCUUGGAUGAAGGAGAGUUCUCUCUCUGGCUUUUUUAAAGAUGAAGUUUCUAUGAACCGAUCUGGAGCCUGUCUCUGAUUCCUGCUGAUCUAAACGAGGCAGUGGCUAAGAGGAAGAGGGUUUUAGGAUGGCCAGCGAAGGCUCCACUAUUCCCAGUCCCGUCGUUUGCCAAAUUGACAAGCAGUUCCUGAUCUGCAGCAUAUGCCUGGACCGCUACGAGAACCCUAAAGUGCUGCCCUGCCUGCACACCUUCUGUGAGAGGUGCCUGCAGAACUACAUCCCGGCUCACAGCCUCACCCUGUCCUGCCCAGUGUGCCGUCAGACCUCCAUCCUCCCGGAGAAAGGUGUGGUGGCAUUACAGAACAACUUCUUCAUCACCAACCUGAUGGAUGUGCUGCAGCGAGCGCCGGGUAGCUGUAGCCAGGAGGCCAUCGCGCUCAACAACAUCACUACUGUGGCAACCGGCCGACUGCUCUCCUGCCCCAACCAUGGAGGCAGUGUGAUGGAGUUUUACUGUCCUCCGUGUGAGACGGCCAUGUGUCAGGAGUGCACCAGUGGUGAGCAUGGAGAGCAUCCGACUGUGCCUCUUAAAGAUGUGGUGGAGCAACACAAGGCCUCCUUAAAGGAGCAGCUUAAUGCCGUCAAGAAGAGGCUGCCAGAGAUCGACUCGGCCCUGCAGAUGCUGUCAGAGAUUCUGCAGCAGCUGACCAAUCGGAAGAGCUCUGUUGAGGAUUACAUCCACAGCACCUUUGAUGAGCUGCAGAAGACGCUCAAUGUCCGCAAGAGUGUUUUACUCAUGGAGCUGGAGGUCAGCUACGGGCUCAAGCAGAAGGUGCUUCAGGCCCAGCUCGAUGCCCUGCUGCAGGGUCAGGAGGGCAUCAACAGCAGCUGCAACUUUACUGAGCAGGCCCUGAGCCACGGCACCGAUGCUGAGGUGCUGCUGGUGAAGAAGCAGAUGGGCGAGCGCCUCAUAGAGCUGGCCAAUCAGGAGCUACCUCUGCAGCCUGGAGAGAAUGACCAGCUGGACUUCCGCGUGGAGACAGACGGUUUAAAGAAAUCCAUCCACAACUUGGGUUCUGUCACCACCACUAACGCUGUGGCAUUUGAGACUGUGGCCACGGGUGAAGGGCUACGCCACUGUGUGGUGGGGGUGCCUACCUCCGUCACCAUAACCACCAAAGACAAAGACGGAGGGCUUUGUAAAAUGGGUAACGCCAUCAUCACUGCUGAGAUCUCCUCCUCUGAUGGCAGCAAAGGGGACGGGGAGAUUGUGGACAAUGAGAAUGGAACUUUUGAGUUUCUGUUCACUGUUUCUGAGGAGGGAACAUUUAAUCUGUCACUGCGCUUAUACAACCAGCACAUCAAAGGGAGUCCCUUCAAAAUAAAAGCCACCAAACCCACAGAUUCAUCACCCUUUUCGGACAGCACAAAGAAGAGGCUGCAGUCUCCUGGCAGCGGGCACAUCAAGCAGAAAGCCAUCAAAAGGCCAGCGAGUAUGUACAGCACAGGAAGAAGGAAAGAGAAUCCUAUUGAGGACGAUCUCAUCUUCAGAGUUGGCUCGAAAGGAAGAAACAAAGGAGAGUUCACAAACCUACAAGGAGUGGCUGCCUCGUCUCUGGGAAAGGUUCUGAUAGCAGACAGCAACAACCAGUGUGUGCAGAUAUUUUCUAACAACGGCCAGUUCAAAAGUCGUUUUGGGGUCCGAGGCAGAUCUCCUGGUCAGAUGCAGCGACCAACGGGUGUGGCUGUCCACUCCAAUGGGGACAUGAUCAUCGCAGACUAUGAUAACAAGUGGGUCAGCAUCUUUUCAAGUGAAGGAAAGUUUAAGAAUAAAAUCGGCUCAGGAAAGUUGAUGGGUCCUAAGGGUGUGGCGGUGGACAAAAACGGUCACAUCAUUGUUGUUGACAACAGGGCCUGUCGCAUUUUCAUCUUCCAAGCCAACGGAAAGCUGGUCACCAAGUUCGGUAGCCGUGGCAACAGUGAUACGCAGUUUGCAGGUCCUCAUUUUGCUGCUAUUAACAACAACAAUGAAAUCAUCAUUACGGACUUCCACAACCACUCAGUCAAGGUGUUCAACACAGAAGGAGAAUUCCUGCUGAAGUUCGGUUCAAACGGCGAGGGAAACGGCCAGUUCAACGCCCCCACGGGAGUGGCAGUGGACGCUUAUGGAAACAUCAUCGUAGCAGACUGGGGCAACAGCAGGAUACAGGUGUUUGAUGGCAGUGGCUCCUUCCUGUCGUACAUCGACACUUCAGUGGACCCGCUCUACGGCCCACAAGGACUGGCGCUAACCUCAGACGGUCACGUUGUGGUCGCCGAUUCAGGCAACCACUGCUUCAAAGUCUACCGCUACCUGCAGUAGUCCAUGUUUUCUCAUGUAAACAGAGACCAUACUCAUUACUCACACACAGCAGUCCUGAGAAACGAUCAUUUUCCUCUCAUCCUCCUCACCCUUUCAUUCCUGCCAUUGUGCCAUCAGUGUGACUUUCCUCCUUGUGUUUGACUCUUGCUGCUGAGGAAAGUUGGGAUAUUUUUGUCCAAGUGAAACAAGAAUCUCUGAUGUUCACAGAAGCCUGCUGCUGGUUCUGGUUGGUGCUUUUUAAGAGUCACUCCUAACCUUGCUCACAUUCUGAGGUGUGCUAAUUUGAAAAAUGAAGCUUUAUUAGCAUACAUAUAAUAGACACGUGGGAUGAAUGCUGAUGCACUUGCUUAUAAAAUGACUGGAUUUUGAAAUAAAAUGUGUUUUAGUUCUCUGAGAAGUAGUGGACGUUAAAAACUGCAGUACUGCAGCUUCCAGUUAAAACUCUUCACAGUUUGCCUGCUCACUAUAAGAUCACCUGCUGCACUACAGGGAGUGGGAUCGUUAAAAGCACGAUUUGACAUGUCUGCAUGCUGAUUUUACUGUCAUCUUCUAAGAAUAUCAUGCACAAUAAAUAAAAGACAGGGACUUGGUUCAAUUUUAGAAGCAGGGGUAAUUCAGUUAUCACACAGUAAUAUAAAUGGAUCCUUAAAAUGUAUUUUUUUAAUUGACUCAAAUGUGUUUGUGCUGUGAUCACUAUAAACACCAAACACAAGCCACCCAACAGUGACUUCUGCUCUGUAUGCAUGUUCUGGGUUUGUAAUAGACCUGCUAAUGAUUUUAAUAACAACCUGAUGAAAGAAAGCUGCUGAACUGGGAUCUUCCCACUCAUUUAUAAUGUGCUUUUAUGAUGUUUUGUUUUAUUAUUAUAUGACAUGCUUUUGAAUAAAGCUACACCAAGAAUUUUUUUGAUCAAAACGGUCUAACACGAGAAGCUGCGCCAUGUAGAUGAACACUUGAAGCUUUUGCUGUAACAAUUGUCAUCUUACACUUGGCCAUCCGAUUCCUUUACAAUCCUUUUAUUUUCUUGUUAUGUUCAUAUUCUUUAUGCCAAAUAAAAUCAAAGUGCCCAAGAAAAAGAAA